AUGGAGCGAAUUCCCAUAAUCUCACUCAGUGGAUGUAAAAGCCUCACCGAUGUUCUUACAGAACUUCCCAUUCCACAACCGUCCCACUUGACUGUAGAUAGCCGCACACUUCUCUAUGAACCCAAAUUAGUACACGAUGCCUAUCGAUGUAUCAAUACUGAGGAUCCCGUGCUAGUUCACCGUCUAUGUUCCGCCUUGACCAGUGUGUCUGUUGAUCACUUGAUCUUCAAAGAUGUCCCGUCAGAAUCUCGGGAUGGAAUCAAAGCAUCCUGCCUUCCGUCCUUGCUCUGCGCACUUGAGAAAUCCGGCGCAUUUUUAUAUAACCCUAAUCCGGAACCUCGGAAUGAUGUAGAUUAUUCCCGGCAACACUCAAGUACAUCGGAAUCGUCUCCGGUAGUGAAUUCGAGUCAAAACACUUUAAGUUCUGUGGAAAUUCAGCAAGAAACUCCCGCUCCUCUCAGGGAUACUUAUCCCACCGCAUAUGAGGAGAAAUCGUCCGGAUCUUACAGUGCUGUUCACAUAGCACCAUUGAGAAUAGCUUUGAAGAAGUGUCUUAACUUCAAAGAGUCAAACAAGAAAGGGAGAAAGUCACGUCGUAAACCUGGAACUCCCUCCGAAUCCACGCACGUUACGUCCGACGGUGUCUUUGAUGCUCAAAGUCAUUCGUCAUCCUGUGAAAAGGCUACUCCGGACGAUGCUCAAGUGCAACUUCCGAUUCUGAAAAUAUCCACAAAGGGGACCCCUACAUCAUGCACAGCAUACGGAAUAUCCCAGUCUGGUGUGGUUUCCACAGAUUGUAUCCCACAAACAUGUCCAACACUUCCGAACCCACCACCGGGCAGUAUUCCACCUUUGCGUAUAACUGUUGAUGAAAAUCAGGUCGCCGCCAUUGUCACACCUGGCAGUCCUUCCACUGAUCAGCCGGAAACCACAUGUGCGCAUCCUGUAUCGUGCUCAACAAAACUGUUUAGCGAUUCCUCUUCGGCAAACGUAUCUUCGAGUCUACCCAGUGUUACAGUCGAUAUUCCGACGCUUAGCACCGUCACGACAACAGUUGCUCAGCCCAUUGUUUGCCAACCGAGUACAUCGGCGGUUUCAACCACAAGUGUCUCAACAACAACAACAACGGCAACAACAACAACAGCAACAACUACAACUUCUUGUACCACUAUCUCACCGGCAUCUUCGGCUACUCAUUCCGCUAAUCCCGAAAGUGCGUCGUCUUCCCGCCGUGUACCAGAUCCGGCUUUAUCUCAGAUUUUUCAUUCCGCCGCUCUCUUCCACUCUUAUCAGCCACACAUAGAAUCAGAAAAGUCGGGCUCUUGUACAGGUGGUGGUUUAUUCGAUGAUUGGAUAGAUUCUUCCGUUAAAACAUCCGAACCAUCCCUUCUAUACCCGGUCAACGACGGCAUAUAUUCAGGCUCACUCUCAGGUCCGUCCUCUGUUGUAAAUGUUCCAUCCAACUGCAGUCAGGCUCCGCAUUCUGUCGGUGCCAGCGCAGACGUAUCCGUUUGUGCUCCUAGGACACCUCUAUCGGUGCCUUCCAAUCAUUCAUCCUAUCCAGCCACUCCAGGUGGUGGGUUGACUACUGUAGCGCUUUCUGUAAAUACGGCUGUGAAUGCAGUGGCUGCUUCUCCCUCGAAUUUACCCAAAUGUAUCUAUCCCCCUACCGGAGUCGCUUCACCUUCAGUGCGCCUGUUUAACACAUCCGAACCUGGACCGGAAUCCCACGAACCAGCCGAAGAAGAACAAAGCCGGAUUGCGCCACUUGGGCUAGCUGCUUAUCUACCGCGAUCAGGUAGUCUUCGUCCUAGCUUCCCCGAUGCUGAUAAUGAUAGUAUUCUGGGUGACAAUGACCCAAAUCAUUCUCCUGGAAGUGCAUUUUUCACAGAUGGUACAGGUCCACGCUCUUGUGGCGCUACUGAAGGUGGCUCCAAACCCUCCUCCACAAACAAACAAGGAAAAUGUUUACCCCAUACAAACCCGUCUCCAUCCAAAUCAAGUCGUGGCAGAUACGCAUCUGGCAAACCAAGAGGAGGUGGAGGCCGGCGCCGCCGUACGGAACUAGAGGAGCUCAAAAUGUGGAGUGUGAAUGACCGAGCUCAAGCAAUUGGCGAUAAGAAACCUAGUAACACACCUGACUCUUAUGAUGUACCGUCAAAUGAAUUAAGAGAAGCAAUCAAUGCGAGUGCAUCCCAUGUACCAGAUGAUGCAAUGAAUGGUACAGGCAAAGGAUGCGAGCAGUCAAAUAAUAACCAACUAGAUAUUUCCGAUAGUAGUCAUGGGGAUUUCACUGAAGCUCUGGUUGAGCGUGUAAAGCGACGAAGACAACAGCGCGAGAUGGAAAUGAGUAAACGUUCCGGUGCAGCUGAUCGGCGUGUCUAUCGGUCAUCAGAUGCCUCGCCUUCAUCCACACCCUCGCCCACCCGGUCAGUGGAACGUAGCGGAGAAGCAAGUUCACGGAAUAACAAAGCAAGUGAUUUCAAAAACCGACACAAAGCUGGUCGUUUUUCUGGACAGCGCGUUACCAAUAACGUGAAUUUAUCGGAACAGUCGCAUUCAAAACAAAUGAGACACAAGUCUUCCGAUAGUGAUGCGUCACUUUCUCCGCCUAGUACUGCAGUUUCGUCUGGACGAUCCAGCAAACCUAGCUCCGUGUCAUCUUGUAUGGACAGUGUACCUCCGCCACCACUUGAACAUACAGAUUCACACUCCACGUAUCCUACGGUGAUGGAGCGCUCUGGCCCGUCGAAGUCCACCAUCGUGGACCUUCAUGAUUCGCAAACUCUGUUUGAAUCGAAUGAACGUUUCUUCACCUCGGCUACUACUCCAUCAAAACACCGUAUUCCUCAUUCCUCCACCGCGCGCUCCUUCGGCACAUCAGUCGAAAAGGACCAGGCGCGCGAUCGCCUGUCGGUGGAAUCGCAUUUCUCCCCUCCCACACGGGCUUUGUUUGACAACAGAUCCUCGCGUUCCUCUUCCCCCAGCCCGACUCGCAUACAUGGGCCGGAUGAAGCAUUUAUUGGUGAUUCAACUCAGCAACACACCGGCACCAAACACAGAAAUCACCGUUUUGCUUCCCGUGUACAUAGCUCUCUUAUCAAUAAAACAGACGCGCAUAUGAAAAGACGUCGACGUGUUGUGAUUAGUGACGAUGAAGAAAUUGAGAUGAAAGCGUAUUGCGGAGAAUCAGCCAAUGUGCAAGAUCUUUCUCAUCCACCACCGAGAUUGGAAGAAGUUGAUCUGCCAGCUGAUGGAUCGCAACCUUCUAAGUCCGGACCACCAGAAACAUUGUUACCUCCUGUUCUUCAGCCAUUGAAUGACACCCUUAACACACCGGCCGAAUUAGAUGCUCCUCGGAAAACUGGAAGUUCCCAUGAUACUGGAUUUUCAACACAUUCUUCUCGCGAUCACAAGAGUUCCAUACGAGUGCAUUCGUCUUCCAGAAUGCCCACAGAUUCCAUGUCCGGCAAAGUGCUUCCUCACAAGCACCCGGUAAAUGAUGCAAAUUUAUGUACAAACCUGAACGGAUCAUCUACGUCGUCAGAUGCAACAGGGCAUAUUUCUGGGACGAAAAAUAUCAAGCAUGGAGCCCGAAUAUCGCACUCGCGAACGCACAGCCCGGGUAAUGAGGUUAUAUUUAGCUCGGAUGAGGAUUCAGCAGAGCUGGAUAAAACUCUUGUCCGUGCCAUGCACCGGAGUCCAAGCAAUGACUCUAUAGGCAGUCUGGCUAGUUCAUCUCAGCUCGCCUCGACAUACGGUGGUGGAUUUAUGCCUGACCUGGGGUGCCCAACACCAAGCACCAUCGCAUACACGCACAGCUCUGCUAUGGGAGACAGUGAUAGUCGGGGUAGCGAUGUGGAUUCCGUGCCCCGGGCGUCUGAACAAAAUCGGGAAGCCGAUUCCUGUGUGGCUUCUGGAAACGCAUCUCCUCAAUCAAUCCAUGACGCUCAGGACUCCGACUUGUCAGAUGAAUCUUUUUCACAGGUAAAGGGGUCCGACUGUUCAUCGCCAUCUACUUUGUCUGCGCUCAGUGAAGAUGACCAUCAGGGUUCGGCUGAUGAUAGCGAUGAAGCGAGGCACCAGAGUGAAGAACUCACAGAAGCUGCUGCAUCACUUGCCCAAUUCACUGCUCGCUUAAGUAAAAUUUUGCGGCGUGUAGAAGAGUUGGACUUACUAUGUUUAGCCACUAAAGUUAACGAACAUCGCCGUUCCCGAGGUGGCUACGCCGGUGCCGAAGCGGAACCAGAUACAAGUUUUGACGAACACCUCAUUCCGGACGCUGCACGUCUGACCCGUCACGAGUUGAGCUUGUUAUAUUCGGAAUCAGCCCAGGUUCGUUUGACCGGGUCCAUGUUCACCAUUCCAACGGGACGACUGGUUCGGUUCCUCACCUUAUUAUUGGUAAAUAUGCAGGCUGGAGCACACACAACACCCGCACCUCUUACCCAGGCUGAAAUUGAUCAUUUUUUGCGUAAACGUCAGAAGGCGGAGGUGCAACAUCGAGACGGCUCACGUCGGCUUCAUCAUCAGUCUCAACAUUUGACAGAAUCCGUUCUCUGGUCAAAUCCGUUGUGGGCAAGUGUUCUUGCUGCAUUGGACUGUGCUCGUAUUGCCCUUAAUAUUAUUGUAUCACCGGAUAUGCCCCGUCCG